CUGGUUCAGAUCGAGCAGCAUCCGCGCAUCUCGAAAGAUGGAGACGGGCGCACUUACCAUUCAACUGCGCAGUGAAUCGCACGCGCAAAUAAAAUAUUCGGAGUCUGCUCAGAGAAGAAGUCGCAGCUGAACACAUGGCAUGGCAGUGGACAUGGACAUGGAAGCCAUAAAAGCGCUGACGUCGAACCAAGACGUUGCCAACCAGUCCGACUCUAACUGGAAACCCGAUGGCAGAGCAAAAGCUUUAUUCAGCCAGAAGUGCAGUGUUAGUGAAAAGAAAGUCACUGGAGCCGGUUGUGGCCACCUACUGCCGUCCCUCUCCGCCGCACUUUGCUUACUAAUCUUCCAGGUGGGGCUGGCUCCUGUAGUCAGCGCCAAGUCGCCGGCCAACGAGACGGCCUGGCCACCAAUGCGACAUUACGAUAUUUGGGACGACCACUUGGGCGAGCUUGGCGGUCUUGGGGAGGAUUCCUACGCGGAUGAGGCGGACUUUAGGCUGCAAACGGGAACACCGGAGGAACUGGACAUGGAGAUGUCGCUGCAGGAAAUCUCUGAUCGGAGUUCCAGACAGGCGAACAGCAGACAGGGAAAAGUGAUCCAUCUGUUUCCGGUUCCCGUGGAUGGCUACUGCAUGUCCAGUGAUGGUCGGCGGAUUGGCAACUGCCUGAAUGCCUACGAGUGCCGCCAGAAGGACGGUCAGGCGAAGGGGGAGUGUGCCAUGGGGUUCGGGGUGUGCUGCGUGUUCCUGGCCAGCUGCAACACUACGAUAACCAACAACGUGACCUACGUUGUGUCGCCGGAAUUUCCCAGCUUCAUGCCCAGCAACUUCACUGGCUGCAGUCUGCGGGUGAAGAUGAUGAGCGACGAGAUCAGCCAGGUGCGGAUUGACUUCCAUCACUUCACACUGGGCCAGCCAAACCGAAGAACCGGAGUGUGCGAAGGCGAUGUCUUCAGGAUAGGCGGUGGACCGGGCGGAAACUUCUCCCUAUGCGGCCAAAACAGUGGUCAGCACUUGUACUACGAUGUGGGGACACGGGCGUCACCACGGCAAUCUACUUUGUACGGCAGUCUGCGCCCUGUGGACGCGAGUACUGGCUCUAGCAACUCCACCCCCACGGGCGAUCGCUUCAUCGACAUCAGUCUGAGCCUGUCCAGUCGCCUUCUGCCCCUCCGCAUUUGGGAGAUGAGUGUGGUGCAGAUCCCCUUCAGCCAGCGAGCUCCGGCGGGUUGCUUACAAUAUCACACCGGCACCGAGGGCAUUAUGCAGACCUUUAACUUCGCCGAGAAUGGUCGACAUUUGGCCAAUCAAAACUAUAGGAUUUGUGUGCGCCAGGAGCUGGACAUGUGCUCCAUUAUGUACCAGCCAUGCGACGAGCAGUCCUUCCGCAUCGGCGGAGGUGGGCGAAUGGCGAGCGGAGGUGGUGGCACCUCUGAAGCAGCGGCGACAACGGCAACGUCGAGUCCUGCUCCAGCCCAGUCGGAUGCAGCAGGUGCAACAGCAGCUACAUUAGGAAAUGCUGCAGUGACCACAACAGCACCCACUUCUAGCACCCUCAUGCAGAUGCUAGCCAACAUGGCAAACUCCACAACCACAACGCUGAUGACCAUGAUGAGCGGAAACUCAACUCUGGCUGCCAGUUCAGUAUCAUCGGGCAGUACCAGCAGCAGCAGCAGUAGCAGCACCGCUGCCAUGAGCACGACGACAACAUCAACCACUCCCACACCGCUCCGAUCCAGUACAGAGGCAUCUACCACCUCGGCAGCACCUGCAUCUUCGCCAGCCAGCGAUGAUGUGGAGGGAUCGGGUGGUGAGGUUGGCGAUGAUGAUGAUGACGACGGUGGGUUUCUCUUCUUCAGGAGUCGUCCAACUACGGAGAGAUCUCCCGUUUCCAGACGUCCCCGUCCCAGUGGCGGCUUCGACAUCAUGGGUAUUAUUCGGAAUGCCAUCGAUUUGCCGCUGAAGUGGCGACGGCGCCACGCCCGCCAGUUCUUCAGCACCUGCUCCGACCGGAUUACAAUGCCGUGCAUCAUAGAGGAUUUCAUAGGAACCGGUCUGGGCCCACUUCCUGGGUGCGAGCCCGUCCACUGCGGCGCCCAAUUCUGCUCCUCGGGCGUGUGGCCCUGUCGCAUUGAAAGCACUGUGACUCCGUUCUAUAUUGGUGUCCACUUCGGCAAUGGCCAGGGCGCCGGCAAGGCGAACGCAGAGGAUAACGUGGGUGCCUGUCUGCGAUAUUCCCAAGUGCAAUGUAUGUAAUGACUUGCGGGGCUAUUAACUUUCAUUUCGCUUUAAUAAAUUAUUUUUCAAUUAUCGAAAUAGAGUUCAGAUACUAUGUUAGUAAUGACUUAAA